AUGACAGUCACGCUUGACAUUGACGAGGGCGAUGGUGUGGGAAGUCGACUUCUUCGUGGCGAGGAUCUGGAAGGGACGGAUACAACAACAAAUAUAUUUUCAAACACAAAAGAAAUAUCUUUCUUCUGCAAGGCAUGUACACUUCUUUCGCUAAUACUGAUGCUUAUGGCAACAUUUAUGGCUGGCGUUGUCCUGUCGUCUCAGGGGGUAAUUAGUCUAGGGACGGGUUGCAAAUUCGGCCAUAAGGGCAAACUGCCUGAUUCUGUUUACUCACCCGCACACGUCAUUCAAGAGUAUCAAGCGGUGAGAUUUGACGGAAAAGUUGAGACGACAAACAUGUAUAAGGGUGUUCCUGGCCCAGGGCUGGACAACGCAUGGAGCCAGCUUUUUGACGUGGGACCUCUGCUCGUCACCACAGAAGAACUGAAGAAAAUCCGAAAGACGAGCGUCGAAGUUCCGUCCAGGCCAGGACACCAUCUCGCAAAACUGGCGGUGUUUCACCAGCUCCACUGUCUUGAUAAAAUUCGCCGCUAUGUUCAUAACGACCAUUACAACAUGACAGACGAGGGCCAGUCGGUGUCCAUCAUUGACCAUGUUGAUCAUUGCAUCGAUAUUAUCCGCCAGGUGAUUAUGUGCCGGGCGGACACGACACUGAUCACGUUCAAUCACGGCAGUGGUCCAUUUUCUCCAGUCGAGCCCGAUUUUGACGCCACUCACACCUGUCAGAACUUUGCAGAGGUGCAUACCUGGGCAAAGAAAAAGGAAAUCAACAUGACAGAAGAGGCGAUCAAGAACCCUGAGGCGUUUAGGGACGCUUUAGUCGAGUCAAUCGACAGGAAACUGGGAGAAAAGGGGCAGUGA